AUGGAUGAAGAUCAGUAUAAUAAGAAGUUGGUAAAAUUAUUCCAGCAUGUAAAAAUUGCGGUAUUAAAACACACGACAACAGUCUCACCAACUGAAAGCAUUUUGGAGGAGGACCAAUUGAACAACAAUAAAAUUAUCAGCUCGUCAAAUUUGAUCUUCUAUUUGUUAAAUAAUUUGAGCAAUACAGAAAGUAAAACAUUGGAUAGAUAUCUGUGUGAAAAGAAUUACGCUUCGCUCAAAAUCAUGAUUGAUCGUAAACGGGCUGAACUGUUUCGAGCGAAAAAUAAAUCUUUGAAGAGUUUCGUAGAUGCUUCACAGAGAGUUGCGGAAAAAGCUGAAAUUGAUGAAGACUUCUUGAACGCAUCUGUACCACUGAAUUUCACACAAGAACAAUUUAAAUAUGCUGAAGCAUACCGAAAUGCUACUAUAUAUAGCAUCAUUCAAGCUCUGUGGAACACGAAAGUUGAACAAGAAUUACCACAGAUCGAUCAAUAUGCCAUUUUAGAAUACUACAGUGAAAAACGUGCGAAGAAGGAAGCAGAAAAAAGUAUUUUGAUUUGGCUGUGGAAUAUAAUCAGAAAGCUGUUUGACAGAAAGAGUGAUAAAUUUGAAUGCCAUGCAAGUGAGCCUAAAUAUGUACGAGCAGUGCUGGAUCGCUGUGGUGCAAGUGAAUUAGAACGCCUGCAGGAGGCCACCGAUAACAACGAACCCAUGCUUAUCAAUGAUUUGAUCAAAAACAAACUAGAUGACGACUCAGAAAUGUAUAUGGAAUAUGAUAAAUGGAAUAAUGCAAAUGAUGUGCCCGGAGCUCUAAAAGAAAUAAUCCAUAGUUUGAGUCAAGCACAAAAAAGGGCAAUGGAAAAAUUAAGAAGGCUUGAGCUAAUUGAUAAAAUCAAGGACUUCUAUCGCGAUAACAUCGAGAAAACAAGUCUACCAAAGCAGGAGGAAAUUGAAUUAUUCUUCCGACGGAUGAAUACGACUUUUGCUGGAUGCUACAAUCCAAACAUAAAGAAGACAAAGGAAAGGCAGCUGGCUGAAACGGGCGUAAUGAUUGAAAUCCGUAAUGAUUCGCUCACAAAAAUACGUGGGGAGAUACGAGGUCCACCAGAUAGCCCGUACGAAGGUGGUACUUAUGCUUUGGAUAUCACAAUUCCAGACGAAUAUCCCUUUCAGCCACCUAUAUGCAAAUUCAUCACAAAAAUUUGGCAUCCAAAUAUCAGUUCACAAACUGGGACGAUUUGUCUUGAUAUAUUAAAAGAGCAGUGGGCUGCUUCUCUAACUUUGCGUACUGUGUUGCUAAGUAUUCAAGCACUGUUAACUUUGCCAGAGCCAAAUGACCCACAGGAUGCUGUUGUUGCCAGGCAAUAUAUGGAUAAUGCACAACUUUACAAACGAACGGCGCGAUUUUGGGCUCAGCAUUAUGCCAAAGCCGAAGGCAAGCGGGAUGACGAGUUUUGGAACAAAAUCGACAAACUGAAGGAUAUGGGAGUCAAGCAGGAGGAUGCUAUUUCGGCAUUGAGCUGCAAUUGGUGGGACUUAUCGAGAGCCACUGAUUAUGUUUUUGGAUAA